UUCUGUGGUUUUGAAUAACAAUUGUAUUGUUUGUUCUGUGUCAUUAAGUUCUUUUCAAUCAUUGAGUACCAUAGUCCUUACUUUUAGUUUGAAUUUUUUUUGAAAUCAAACUAUAAUAGCAAAGCUAUUUAAAGCAUCAGGGUUUUAGGCCUUCUCCUACUUUUGCUGCAACCGAUUUUUUAUUUUAAGAAAACGGGGGAAUGGUAAGGUGUAUCCAUCAAUAAAAGAAGGGAACAACCGUCGCUAUGGACCAAGCAAGCAAAAGGAGGGGUCGGCCUUUACCCGAUGCCAUAAAUAUGAAACCAAUUGCAUUUAACCUUGAAGAUGCUCUUGCAGUCGAAACGCUCUACAGACCGAAUCUUUUAGUUAUUCAACAAGAUCUCAAGCCAUGGGAAGUAACCCUCAACUCCAGGGACAGUUCUGUUCAGAUCCUUCGCUUCUUUCGAGUCUGGUUCGAUGUCCCUCAGACCAUUUUCUAUUCUGCUGUUACCUAUUUGGAUCUUUUUCUUGCACGAAUGAAGGCAGCAGUUGAAGGAUGAACAACUGCUCACACGUCUGGAAGUUCUGCUGGCAGAUAGCAACUGCGCCUUUUUCCGGUCAUCUACCUUGGCCCUCGCCUUGCUGAGGUUAGAGAUUGAGAAAGUAAUGACUCAAGCAAUUGCAGUAAAAAAGGUUUACAAGAUUGGAGAAUUCAUACAUCUUCUGGCGAUGAUCCGAGAUAUCCAAGUUAAAUGCAAGAUAAAGACCACUGAACUAGUGAACUGUUCCAGCAAUGCAUCAAAAGUCCUUAAACAGUAUGACAACCAAGAUCGUACCAAGCACAGCCAGAAUUUAAUGUGGCGUUUCUCUUCCUCCACCUUCAGUAAAGGCAAGCGAAACCGCAACUACCAUCUGCCUCUCGACACUAUCCAAGAGAAAACUUUGGCCAAUAACCGUUUCCACAAAAAAAUGCGUACCAAUUAAACUUACCCUGAUGUCAAUGAGUAAACACAUUUAUUUGUUUUUUUGGUUCUUAGUUUAAGUUUUUUGAUUGAUGUCGAGAAAUGUAUAUUUGUUGCAAGAUCAGGGUCUUAUUCGCAAAACAGGAUAUGUAAGGAUAAAUCUGUAAUCUUGCUUGAGAAUGUAAUUUUGUGACGAGCAAGUUUGAAUCUCAGUUUUCGUCGGUUUUAAUUGUUUUAUUUUUCCCAAUGUCUUUGUAAUUUGUCGUCCUUACGGUCUUGUAGAAUAGGGUCUCUUUGCUGACAAUUAGUUUUGAACUAUAUGGUUUUUGUAGUCUUGCAAUAAUAUACAUUAACGUCUCGUUAAGCCCUAAAUAUACUUAGGUGUGUAUGUGAAUAUCAAAACCUAUGAAAUUCCUGAUAUGAGUGGAAUAAGCGAUGGUAGCAUGUUUUAUGAAAGCAGUACCUGUACUUGUAUAUUUUAUAUGAAUUUUUUUGAAUUCAGUGUUGUAAACUUCAAAGUGGAAUUUGAAGCCUUCGAUGCUGGGUAUAUUUGUUUAAAAAUAUUUUAAAGUACUUGCUUAUCCCCCCAUAUCAUCAAAAAAACCAAAUGAUAACCAAAAAAUUUUUAUACAAAAAAAAAUACAAAUUUAUGAAAUGAGAAAAAAAUUAUAAAAUAUGUUAAAGGUAAAAAAAGCUGUUAGUGUACAGGGGCCACAUAUCGUCUUUGUUUUGUAUCGAGAUAUUAGACAUGAGAUGUCAUUUAUGUGCUUACAAUUUUCAAUACAUCACUUUUUGUCAAAAACUAGUCGUUACUUUCAUUUGUUACCAUUCAAUGGCAUUUGAGUUGAAAACUAAAUAAAUUAAUUGUGAUAUA